AUGAGGACACCGGCUAUUCGAAAGACGGGACAGUUGGGUGCCGCUAUUGCAGCCGUCCGCCUGCUGUGCCUGUGCAUAUCGCCCCUGGCAACGGCUAUCCUCUCCAACGCUCCCGGCCUGUUCGCGCGGGUGGUAGCGGCCGUGAUCCCAGACACUUAUACAGUGCUAAUUAUGGCGAUGAUACGAGCUCUGAUGCAUGGAAGUGACCGGUAG